AUGCAGCCGCUGGUUUUCCAACGAACCAAUCUACAGGACUCCUUACCGUCGGAAAUCCCAGUCGUAUUCCAGUCCAAAUCCGCGACCGCCUUUCACACUCCUUCUUUCCAACGUUUCUUUCGCUCUCGUACUGCCCCACGAUACAAUGGUCGCAAUAUCGAAGAAGAAUGCCAGGUGUUCCCUCAGGACGAGGGUGCGACGCAUGUCGCCAGCAAAAGAAAAAGACGCCUCGACAUUCCCUGCGUCGGCCUGGGUCAACGUCGGUACAAGUUCGUGGUGUCUGAUAACAGAGCCUCCACCCCAGCGACGGGCACCACUUUCUCUUCCCAGCAACCCUCGGAAGCUGGAACUGCGUCCACUACGUCCAUUGCGCAUAGCUCGCCAAAUCUCGAUACGACGGUCCCAUUAUUAUCUCGGAGCCCGUCAAACGAGACGACUCGGCUGGUGAAUGCGUUCACAGAUAAAAUCAAGCCAAGUCUCGGCGUCCAGUACAACCUGGCUUGGACAUACGGGGACUACCUCAACUAUGUUCCAGCCCGCCUAGGCGUGAAUGAGGCUCUAGAUAGUGCCACCGACGCUUUUCUGACGGCCACUACGACGCUGUCGGAUCCUCUCAGCUCCAAAAGCAGUCCUGCCUUGUUCGAGAAGUAUGGCCGAAGCUUGGCCAGUCUGAGGAAGUGUUUGGAUGACCCCGUGAAGGCGAGAGCCCCGGAAACUCUGUGCGCCAUUUUGUUCCUGUGGAACUGUCAGCAGUUCAUAUGGCAAAGGAAUGGGCCUAUCACCACACACGCAGACGGCGUUGCCCAGAUCCUCAGAUUGAGAGGCAGUGCCGACAACUGCCACGACCCGUUCGAAACCAACCUACUCCUCAGUCUUCGUGCCGUUGUGCUCUUUGACUCUCUCUUCAAUAGCCGCAUUGCUUUCAGCGACCAAGAGUGGAUUGCUAUGUUCGACAGCCAGCUCUAUGAGCUCAGCCCCGAAGGUCAAGCAGUACAAUGCUUGACUCGCGUGCCGAAUCUGAUGCGGCGAAGCAAGGCUGCACUGACGGGGGAUCUAGGCCAUCACGAUUAUCAACUUGCAGACCUGCGGAAAGAGGCACAUGCCAUUCGCGCAGAUCUCGAGCCCGCACUAUCCCGCCUUCGUCAGCGCUGGCAGAAAAACUCGGCGGCUUCAGACAUUGUCGUUAUCACAGGGAUGCCUCACUUGGCAGACCUGGGGCAUUGUCACUUCCUACGAACGUACAGCCUCGGUCUUGCCAUCGCCAUUGUCAUCAACGAGGUGCGACUUGCCUUGCGCUUGGACGUCGCGGCUGAGAUCCUGCAAGAGUCGCACGAGUUUGCCCUGGAAAUCUUACACCUGGCCAGGAUCGCGUCUCAGUACCGACCACUGGGGGCGUCUGCUAUAAGCGUGUGUCUUCUCGCGGCUGAGCUUGGGGCAGCCGACCUCGAGACCAAAUCCGCCGCAAGGAGUCUGCGCGUCGAGUACGCCAGCGAUUUCCGGGGGGGUCUAGAUACGGAAGAUUGCCAGGAGUUGCAGCUGAUCUGCGGGCGCGAGUGGUCUCAAUUACCGGCUCGGGAGACGAUAUAA